GUAAUCAAACAAGAUGGCGACCAAUGUUGAAAUUAUUUCACUGAGAAGUUUUAAUUUGAAGCUAAACGAUGCUUAAACAUAGACUUGUCUAUUUUAUAAGUUUAAAACUCCAGUCAUGUAUUUUAAAUACAAGCGGAUAAUCUAAAUUCAAAUAAUUAUUAAGAGGUUCUCUUUGAUAAUUAUCCUACUAAAAAUGGAUGCUGACUACUACUUCUAUGAACAGAAGCGUCUAAGACAAAUAACCAAAAGGUUCAAAAAAUCAUCUGAAGAUUUGCCAGACAGCCUUAAGUUUGCUCAUUUAAAUCCCAAAGUUGCAGCUUUUCUUGCCAACAAAGAAAAACAGAAACAAGAAGACGAUGCAUUGGGAGAGGCGAAUGGAAAGAAGAGUUUGAUGCCAGAGAUAAGUCAGGCUUUCAAUGCAUUGAAAAAUCAUCUAGACUCCUCACUCUCCAAUGAUGAAGACUCACAACGUUAUCUAUUUGAAGAGGCCAAGAUCAACUCAGGCAGUGUGUUACAGCAGCUUAGCCGCAUUAUUUACUUCUAUGACAAUAUAGCCUCACUUAUACCCAAAUCUCUUGAGUGCCAUUUGAUGUCUGGUUAUUCUGAGCUGACAACAGAUGUGCAUGUCAUACACAGGGAGUGGCAGACACAUGCGUCUAGAGAAGCUUACUUAAAACGGUUGAGUGAAACACCAAGUACUGAAGAUUUUGAUAAGGCAUCACCAAGUAUUAUGGAUGAAGGGCGUUCAACAAGAUCUCACUCUAUAUCCUCUGAAGCUGGACGAAGUGGGAACAAAAAAAAGAUCCUCGUUAAAUCUGGUGCAGGACUACCAGAAAUCAUAGAAGACAGUGAAGCAAUAUCUGAAUCAGGGCGUCAAAAUGGCAAGCGAAAUGAUAGCCGUAUGUCAGGAGCUUCAAGGCGCAGUGGUCCAGUGAAAAAAAGUGACCUCCGAGGUUCCCAUUCAGCCAUUAGCAGGUCAGCAUCAUUAAGAAGAGGUUUUCUGGACUUUGAGUUCAUGUCUGCACUAACAGAAACAGCCUCUGAUACCAGAUCAUCUUCCAUUGCAAAUCCUUCUUAUUAUAUGUCAGUCAUACAGUUUCAGCUCUCUUCCAAAGCUUGUGAAGAAAAAGGGUGGAUUGUUCAAAAAGGAAAUGAGAACCACCUAGCAAAAGAGGCAAUUUUAGAAUAUUGUGUACAAAGACUCCUGCAAGAAAUGAAACUCAUAAAAGGACAAAAAGCCAUUGAGGCACAGAUGGGGUUCACCCUACCUGUGGUUGUACGUUACUAUGGAGAUACACACAAAGAAACAUUGCUCAAGUACCGUAAGCCUCCAGUAAAAGCAGGACUGAAUAAUUCUUUCAAAGAAGGCAAACCUCAGAUACCAAAUGUUUAUGAUGAGAAAAACCAAGGGAAGCAACUCAUGCUUACAACACAUCCAGAUGGCACCACUGUUGCUUAUUACCCUUCAGGUCGACCUGCUGUUGUGGCCUCUGCUGCAGGGUUACAGCGACCUGGACUGUACACAAUAGCAUUUGAUGACGACCUUGACAUGAAAAUGUUGGCUGUUUUUACACCCAGUGGAAGAGGUGUUUGUUACCACAACAAUGGCACUGUGCGAGUUUUGACAACUAUCAAGGGAGGGUUCCUAGCAAAUGAAGAUGGAAAAGUUAUACAACGCUGGAGAUGGCCACAAGCUCAAGUAAAACUCACAACUGGGGUUCAGUUUCAGAUCAAUCAGUAUCUGAGUUUCCGCUGUGUGUCAGAAAACUACAUUGUGAUUGUGUUUUCAUGCCAAAAAGAAUCGGCCAGAUUUUUUGUCAAUGCAGCACCAGGUGCCCAGGACAAAAAGUUUGAAGAGAAUUUGCAAGAACAGCUGUUGACAAAUUUAACAUUUACAUCUAAAUCUGCCAAACAUAUUCAGCGUAUGACAGCACCCAAAGUAAAGUCAAAAUCAAAGAAGAAAAAAGAUAAAUUUGGCCAAAAACUGGCAGAACUUGUAAAAUCAGUUGAUAUUCAAGAUAAUCUUCUGUAUGAAUCAGAGGCUGAUAAACAUCUAGCAAGGCUUCAAAGAAAAACAAGGAUCCUGAUAGAUGACUGGAUGGAGCACUAUAGAGUGACCAUAGGUCUAAUGUCGCCUACUCUUGGCCAGCUCAAUGAUUCACCUCGCAAGUCAAGAGUUGGUGCUUUCUCAGCUAAAGCCACUGAGGGGAAAGAACAUCGAAUCACCACUUUUGGGUUCAAUGUACGCGAGUUAUCUGUCUCAAAAAGAGCGCCAUCUGCCCCCUCCAGACCGACCUUUACCAAACUGAAAGAUGUAACAAAUGAUGAGGCCCCAGCCCCUGCCACCACUGCUCCUGCUCCCCCCACUGUCAAGUUUGAAGAUCCAGCAGAUGAGGACAACCCAGCUGAGACCAAUCCUGAAGGGGAGAGCACUCAAGUCUCAGCUGUCACUGAGAGGCUUACAAAACUUAUAUUAUCUGGUCAGAGAAGUAAGUCUGCCAACAACAGGAAAAAAUCUGGCCUGUCAAGAAAAUCUGUUCCAUUACCAGAGAAAGAAAAUCUUUUAGCAAAUUUGAGUCUUUGUCCUGUUGCAUUAAGAUUACAGAUGUUGACUGAUGCCAAACCUCAGUGUCGCUGCAAUAGACAUAGCAUCCCUUACAUAACUGACACAGAAUAUGAACUCUACAUCACAGAGGCUGCACCAAAGGAACAGCUUCAGAUUAUUGUCAUUGUCUCUUCUCUCUAUCCUGAAAGUAACCCUGCAGAGGCAAUGUUAAACACAAUUUAUGAAAAUCAAAACCGCAACCGGACUCGUCCUUGCCUACAGUGUCGAACUGACACAUUUAGGCUUUUGCGCUAUGACAUUAACACAGCCAUGGAGGGGUCCAACCACACCCAACCAAUGCUGCUCACCAGGCAUAAUGUAGUUCCCGGCAUGUUUUUGAUCUAUGCAGGAGGAUGCUUGCUCUUUUGUGACCACAUAUUUAAUGGCUAUGGCAAUGCAAGAAAAGACUUUAAAAAACAAGUUAUAAAAACAAGGCUUGACUUCAAUCUUGGGUUUUCCUUACCUAGAGAUUUUAGAUUCAGCCCUUUACGAGGUAAGCAUGGACCCAGAGCACCGUGGGGUGGAGAGAUAGGCGGCCCUGGUAUAGAUCAUUUGGGCAAUCCAGGUACGGCAAUGGCACAAACACCAACCAAUCAAGAGAAUAAUGACAGCUUUGAAGAUUCUCAGGCUGAAAAUCUCAAAGCCGUUUGCAAAUAUAUUGGAGAUAUUUUAAGUCUGCAAACAACUCAGGAAAGGUAACUAGCUUAGUCGUGUUUACC